CUGGCACUCGACCUCCUGGGGGGCGGCGGUGGCGGGGGUGCUGCAACUGCUGCUGCAGCUGCCGACACCCCGGGCUCGCUUGCUCCUGGAGCAGCCGGCAGCGGCGGUAGCGGCGGCGCCAGCACUGCUCAGCGCACGGGUCUGGCGCUGCUGGUGUGCUGCUGCCCGCUGCUGCAGCACCCCGCCGCGGGGGUGGAGGUGGCGGGGUGCGAGCGGUUCUGGGAGCUGCUGCGGGCGUGUCUGGUGCUGCCGGGCGAUGCGGACGCCCUAGAGCGCAAGCGCGCGCUGCUGCUGCUGCAGCGGCUGGCUCCUGCGGGGGGGCAGCUGCAGCAGUCGGGCGGGUGGGCUCUGUGGCAGGCGCUGUACGACAUCCUGGACGAGUUCCCCAUCCACCUGGUGGCACCCAUGUGGGCCAAGAUCGACCAGCUGCAUGCACCCGCACCCGAGUACCGUACGGAGGCUGUCGUACCCAAGUCCUACAUCCCGCGCAAAAAGGAGCUC